AUGAAAAAUUUUACAUUAAGAUCUCCUUAUGACUUGCCUGGAUAUGUGUCCCUAAGUAAGCCAAAGAACGGUGUUAAAAGAUUUCAAGGUCAAAAGAAUAUGACAAGCGAUCAGUUUUCAACUGUAAAAGAAGAAAUAAAAAACGCAAAAAAAUUAUUUUUCAGUUUUGAUAACACUAAUAAAGUAGAUAAUCUAAUACAAUUUUCAGCAAGAAAACCUCGAACUAAUUAUACUAUAUCUCCAGAAAUGACACCAAAGCCUAUAAAAACUUAUAAGGAAAUCGACAUCCAAUGCAAUCUUCAAAACCAUCGUAAUAUUGGUUUGCAAACAGUUGAUUUUCCAAUUCCUGAAGAAAGAAAAUCACUUCCUGAGCCCAACGCUAGUCUAAUUUCAAAAACCCCUACAAAUUUAACAGCCACAUUCACCGGCUCUCCUACAUUCUUUCCAAACAGACUUUACACCAAAUCCAACCCCAAAGUUAUGCCUCAGAACCCAAUUGUCGGCUACCCUAAAGAUUUUCACUCUAACUCCCCAACAAGACGAAAUAUGGGAGAUUUCGCAAGUAUCAUUUUAAAACAGUAA